AUGUCUGCCAAAGAACACAAGGUCGUGCACGAGGCACACAACGUGGAGCCUCGCCAUGCUCCAGAGCACUUCUUCAAAUCUCAGCCCAAGACGGGCCACAUCACUGACAUGGCGCAGUACCAGAAGAUGUACGAGCAGUCGAUCAACGACCCAGAGGGUUUCUUCGGGCCUAUGGCGCGCGAGCACCUGCACUGGGACAAGCCCUUUACCAAGGUCCAAUCCGGUUCGCUAGACAACGGAGACGCUGCGUGGUUUUUGAACGGUGAAUUGAACGCUGCUUACAACUGUGUGGACAGACACGCGUUUGCAAACCCAUCCAAGCCUGCCAUUAUCUACGAGGCUGACGACGAGAAAGACAACAGAGUUAUUACUUUUGGCGAAUUGCUCAGACAAGUGUCUGAGGUGGCCGGUGUGUUGAAGAGCUGGGGUGUCAAGAAGGGUGACACCGUUGCAGUCUACUUGCCCAUGAUCGCAGAGGCCGUUGUGGCUAUGCUUGCGGUUGCUCGUUUAGGUGCCAUUCACUCUGUGAUUUUUGCUGGUUUUUCCUCCGGUUCUUUGAAAGACCGUGUGGUGGACGCUGGUUGCAAGGUGGUAAUUACCUGUGACGAAGGUCGUAGAGGUGGUAAGACCGUCCACACCAAGAAGAUCGUCGACGAAGGUUUGAACGGCGUCGAUUCCGUGUCCCACAUCUUGGUCUUUCAAAGAACGGGUACUGAGGGCAUUCCAAUGAAGCCCGGUAGGGACUACUGGUGGCAUGAGGAGACGGCCAAGCACAGAGGCUACCUACCACCUACCCCAGUCAACUCCGAGGACCCUCUGUUCUUGCUAUACACAUCUGGUUCCACCGGUUCUCCAAAGGGUGUUGUUCACAGUACCGCUGGUUACCUGCUGGGAGCUGCCCUAACUACCAAGUACGUCUUCGACAUUCACCCAGAGGAUGUACUAUUCACCGCUGGAGACGUUGGUUGGAUUACCGGUCACACUUAUGCAUUGUACGGUCCCUUGGCCCUAGGUACCGCUACUAUCAUUUUCGAAUCCACACCUGCCUACCCAGAUUAUGGUAGAUACUGGAGAAUUAUCGAACGUCACAAGGCUACUCACUUUUACGUUGCUCCAACUGCCUUGAGAUUGAUCAAGCGUGUUGGUGAAGCUGAAAUUGCCAAGUAUGACACUUCUUCUCUGAGAGUAUUGGGUUCCGUCGGUGAACCAAUCUCUCCAGAUCUAUGGGAAUGGUACCACGAAAAGGUUGGUAAAAAGAACUGUGUCAUCUGUGACACAAUGUGGCAAACUGAAUCUGGUUCCCACUUGAUCGCACCAUUGGCCGGUGCUGUCCCAACUAAGCCAGGCUCUGCCACCGUUCCAUUCUUUGGUGUCAAUGCUUGUAUCAUCGAUCCUGUUUCUGGUGAAGAAUUGAAGGGCAACGACGUCGAAGGUGUCUUGGCGGUGAAGUCUUCCUGGCCAUCAAUGGCAAGAUCCGUUUGGAACAACCACUCUCGUUACAUUGAAACUUAUCUUAAACCAUACCCAGGCUACUACUUCACAGGUGAUGGUGCAGGUAGAGACCAUGACGGUUACUACUGGAUUAGAGGUAGAGUCGAUGACGUCGUGAACGUCUCUGGUCACAGAUUAUCCACUGCCGAGAUCGAGGCAGCUUUGGUUGAGCACGACGGUGUUUCUGAAGCUGCUGUUGUCGGUAUCACUGACGAGUUGACCGGUCAAGCUGUCAUCGCCUUUGUUUCUUUGAAGGAUGGCUAUUUGCAAGAUAACGCUGCUGAAGGCGAUGCUUCUCACAUCACCCCAGACAACUUGCGUCGUGAAUUAAUCUUGCAUGUCAGAGGUGAAAUUGGUCCAUUUGCCGCUCCAAAGACGGUUGUUGUUGUUUCUGAUCUUCCAAAGACUAGAUCUGGUAAGAUUAUGAGAAGAGUUUUGAGAAAGGUUGCAUCCAAAGAGGCUGAUCAAUUAGGUGACCUAUCUACUUUGGCUAACCCAGAUGUGGUUCCUUCCAUCAUUUCUGCAGUCGAAAAUCAAUUCUUCGCUCAAAAGAAGAAAUAA